AUGGCAGAUGUAGACUUUUCUAAACUUUGCAAUACAGAUGAAAAUGUGACUACAGAUGAGAAUGCUAAGUUACAAGCUGAGAAUGCUAAGUUACAAGCUAAGAAUGCAAAGUUGAAAGCUGAAAAUGAGAAAACCGAAAUAAAAGUUUUAACCCAGCUGUUGCAAGAACAAGCCAAAGAAAAAUCUUUUUCUGUUGAAUGUUUUAAGAACAAUGACAAUCUUUUCAGAUUUUAUACAGGGCUGCAAGAUUACAAAACAUUCAAAACACUCCUUGAUGCCUUUAUGCCUGCGGCCAAGAGCCUUGUUUAUUAUGGCAGUAAUACAGAUGCAGACAGGCUGGUUUCAGGGAAGGUUGAGAAAUGUGGCCCAAAAAGGUCUUUGUCAUUGGAACAGGAGUUCUUCCUUGUGUUGGUAAGGCUUUGGCCUGGACUUCUCGAAGUAGACUUGGCCACUAGAGCAGGUUUGUCUCAGUCUCAGCUGUCAAGGAUUUUUAUAACAUGGAUAGACUUUCUUCAUUCCAAAAUGCGAUGCUAUCCGAUUUGGCCUAGUUGAGAAUCUGUUAAUGAAACUAUGCCAUCAUCAUUUAAGGAGAUGUAUCCAACAACACAGGUUAUCAUUGACUGCUCAGAACUGUUCAUUGAAACUCCUAGCUCUUUUAGAACUCAAAGUGUAGCCUAUUCAAAUUACAAGCAUCACAACACUGCUAAAGGUCUGGUGGGUAUCACCCCAUCUGCUGCUGUGACCUUUGUAUCAGAUUUAUAUGCUGGAAGGUCAAGUGACAAGCAAAUAACCAAUGACUGUGGUAUUUUGAAAUUACUUGAAGAUGGGGACUCUGUUAUGGCUGACAAUGGAUUCGACGUUGAGAGUGACCUGCCAAAUGGAAUCUCACUCAACAUACCACCCUUUCUCUGUAAUAAAGAGCACCUGUCACUUGAAGAGGAGACAGAAACUCGAAGGAUUGCUUCAAUCAGGAUCCAUGUGGAACAGGCAAUAGCCAGAGUUAAAAACUUUUUUAAGUACUGUUUUCCCCAUUUCAAUGGCAGCUGAUUUGAAUAAAAUUUGGGUAAUAUGCUGCUACCUCAUAAACUUUUUACCCCCACUUCUUGUGGAAAAAGAUUAAUGCAUCUUGUAUUUAUCCAAAAUGACUGGAAAAUAAUGGUAACAUAUUUAUUUGAAUUUACUUCAUAUUUACCUAUAACGUUUUCUUGUCAUUAAUAGAAUUCCAAGCUUAUAGUUAAGUACUCCAACUUUUAUUCAUUACAUGAAGGAAGAAUAAAGGAAAAAUAAAAAGAAGUUAUUACUGGGAGCAUUUUUUCCUUGCAGAAAAAUAUGUCCUUGUCAAUUCGUUCGAUUUGCAUAUCAACAUUAGUGUAUACUACGAAAUCAAUCCAAUUUAAGUUUAAAAUGUUCGAAACACCUUGGCACUGAAAGUAAUAUGGGUGGUUUUCUUUAAGUUUCAAACCAUUUUCAGUUUGUUGUAGACAAAAGUUUUUUUUACAAUUAACAGCAUCAGAUAUGCACAAAUCUUUACUAGCAUAAGGACACUUAAUCUCUACACAUCCCUCAGGGACACCAUUUCUCAUCACAAUACCAUCUGGACUACAGCCCAGCCAUGGCCUCUUGGGACUGACAACAAACCCACAAGAUCUAACAGUUUCAUCUCCUGUCAGGAUCUCUUCAUACUUCUUGGUUGCUUUGCUUUCAUUGUCCAGACCUCACUGUAAUGGUGUUGGUGCUUUCACAGCAGGAUUAUGUUGCUUUGUAAUUGACUGGAUCUGUGAUUUUGGAUAGAGUGACUUUCUCCUAUUAAUUAUUUUUCCAAAAACAGAUGCCGUAACUCUCUUUGACCGCUCUGCAUACCAGUGA